AUGGCUUCCUCGCCAGCUGGCAUGGCGCAGACGAUGCUUAACACUGUCGUUUUGGUCUUCACGCUGAUGGCUGGGCUUAUUAUGUUCCUUCGUUUGUUCACUCGAGGAUUGCUUCUUCACAAAGCAGGUGCUGAGGAUGCUUGGAUUUCUCUUGCUAUGAUUCUGUCCAUUGGCCUAACAGUUACGAUCGCCCUACAGGUUCAGAAUGGACUGGGCAAGCAUAUGCAAGAGUUGACUCCAGCUAUGAUGACGGACUCAUUGAAGGCGUUCUGGGCUAGUGUCUGGAUCUAUAAUCUUUCAUUGACCGCCACCAAGAUGUCCAUAUUGACGCAGUACCUGCGCGUCUUCCCCAUUCCUCGUUAUCGCGUUGCGUGUUAUGUGGUCAUGGCAUUUGUCGCGCUGUACGGUCUCUGGACGCUGCUAGGAAGUAUCUUUCUCUGCUUUCCAGUGGCAUUCUUCUGGGAUAAGACCAUUGCCGAUGGAAGGUGUCUCAACCAAGAAGCUAUAUGGUUUUCUAAUGCUACCAUCAACAUCGUGCAAGAUGUUGUAAUUCUGAUCCUCCCGAUCGCCGUAUUGAAGAGCCUGCCGAUACCUAGCAGGCAGAAGAAGGCGCUCAUCGCUGUGUUCGGCUUGGGAGGCGUUGUGUGCCUUGUCUCCAUCAUUCGGCUACAGACUCUGGUAUCCAUCUCGAAUUCGACGGAUCCUACUUUCGACAACCCGCCUGCGGCGAUGCUGUCGGCCAUUGAGACGAACGUGGGUAUCAUCUGCGCGUGCUUGCCUUCCAUGCGACCACUUUUGACCUCCAUGAUGCCUGUGUACUUCCCAGAAGGAUCGCAACUUCGGGGAUCGCAAUACCACAAUACCUCUAGGUUCGACGUGGAACAACCAAAACACAUGCGAUGCCACUCCGGAAGUAGUCGACCGCACACUGCAGACUCUUUUGGGAAACCAGACCACCCUCGGUCAGGUAGUGCCGCUAGUCAUGGGUACAAGCCAUCCUCUCAGACGAGCCGAAGUCACUCUCGAUCAGGCAGCACGGGGCCGAUUUACACACCCACAGCCCACGGGCGCUCUCAAUCUACUAGCGCCAAUCAAUCACGCACAGGUAGCAGGAAUGGUCACUCCCGAACGCCCAGCAACAGCAUGAACGUCCCCACCUCGACCGAACUCCAGCCUCUCUCAAACUCCUAUGUCGUGCCUCAAACGACUCACAAUAACCCACGCCAACUCAACCUAAGCAAUGGCCACCAGCACCCCAUGAACCCCCUCCGCAUGUCGCCAUUCAGCCCAGACAUCCCCAGACUGCCCCGCCUCCCCGAAAACAUGGCCGUCCUAGGCCCCCUGGACUCUCAAGAACGGCCUAUCCGUAUGCCCCUCUUCCACAAGCCGCUGCCCAUCACGCCGCUGCCGGGCCACCAGAAUGCCCAGUACCUGACCAAGGCACAAGAUCAGGCGAUGCUGCCGAUGAUGCUUUCCCCCACUCUCUCACAGUCUCCCGGCCUCAUGCCCGAACCACUAAACCUGGGUGUCAAGUCUCCUGCGCCAUCGCACCUCGACCGGAGGUCCGCAUACCGGACAUAA